UCUUAUCCUCACCAUCCCCGGGUCAGAUAACCGACCAAUCAGAGUUCAUAUAAUCGCUUGUCUUGCCAGCUUACAAUAAUAUUAUUAAAACGAGCCAGCGAGCCCGGUCUCCGGGAGUAGGUUAUGUUGAAACGGCAUAGAAAAGGUGGAGGAGGACGGUGGAAGGAGUAGCAACUUUCUCUCUUUCUCACCAACUUUAUGAGGAAUUGUCGCCUGGGGUUUUGCAUGGCUGAAUGGACUUGAGUUUAUUUCACAAUACGCAGUUGGAUAUUACCUUACUUUGGGCAGCUUUAAGUUUUACGCUGCUCUUUUGGGGACCUUUUGUCGCUUAUGGACUUAAUGCGUUUUGAUUUCAUGUGAGACUGAGAGGGGAGACGUGGAAGUAAGGCACAAUAUAAUCUGUAUUGGUUUACGUUGUCGCCAUGUCCAUGCUUCCGACGUUUGGUUUUACGCAGGAACAAGUGGCGUGUGUCUGCGAAGUCCUUCAACAAGGGGGGAACAUCGAGCGGCUGGGGCGCUUCCUCUGGUCGCUCCCGGCGUGCGAACACCUCCACAAAAAUGAGAGCGUCCUCAAAGCGAAAGCCGUGGUCGCCUUCCACCGGGGGAACUUCCGAGAGCUCUACAAAAUCCUGGAGAGCCACCAGUUUUCGCCGCACAACCACCCGAAGCUUCAGCAGCUGUGGCUCAAAGCGCACUACAUCGAGGCGGAGAAGCUGAGAGGCCGCCCGCUCGGCGCCGUGGGGAAGUACCGCGUCCGGAGAAAGUUCCCCCUGCCCCGUUCUAUCUGGGACGGUGAAGAAACAAGCUACUGCUUCAAGGAGAAGAGUAGGAGCGUCCUCCGGGAGUGGUAUACCCACAACCCUUACCCAUCCCCGCGGGAGAAAAGAGAGCUGGCCGAGGCCACGGGACUCACCACCACGCAGGUCAGCAACUGGUUCAAAAACCGACGGCAGCGAGACCGAGCGGCGGAGGCAAAAGAAAGAGAAAACAACGAGAACUCCAACAGCAAUAGUCACAACCCAUUGACUUCUUCCAUGAAUGGAAAUAAAACUCUAUUGGGCAGCUCGGACGACGACAAAACGCCCUCUGGGACACCGGAUCACACGUCUCCGAGCCCGGCUCUGCUCCUUGGCUCAAACGCCGGUUUACAGUCCCUGCACGGCCUCGCGCCCCCGCCAGGACCCAGCGCCAUCCCGGUACCCAGCGGUGCAGACUCGGUGCACCAUCACCACUCAUUGCACCAUGACACCAUACUGAACCCUAUGUCUUCUAAUCUGGUGGACCUCGGCUCUUAAAAGAAAAAGAAAAGAAAAGAAAAAAGGCACAGAAGGGGAACAGAGCACCGUCUUUUUUGGAAAAGUAAUUCACUUGGAGGCGUGAGAUUGAGCACUUGCGGCCAGGUGCAAAACAGACAGACUGGACCACUGCGAAAACAGCCACCACAUCAAAUAAUUUGGUCUCAUAUUAAACCUUAAAAAGUCUUUUGGGGAAAAAUCUGACAGUGGGCGCAAUACUGUUAUCCUCAAAUUAUGCUUGUUUCAGGACUUUCUAGAAACAAGACAUGAAGGCAGAGCACUUAUAAAUUCACGAAAUAUAUUUAAAACUGGUUUUAAAAAAAAUCUCAUUCCAUUGGCAUAUUUUCUCUUUAAUUCAUUUUAGGAGAAUAUAAUUCAAAAAAUUAAUAGAUUUGACAUUACAAGACUUUUUUUGCAGUGGACAAAAGGUGAGGCGGACCUAGGUCGUUUUAGGUAAAAAAAAAAAAAAAGUAUUUUACCGGAAUGUAAUAACGUAACAUGUUAUAUUGUUGAAAACAAUAACAAUAAAAUGUCUUAAUUCUUGUUACUAUUACCGUUGUUAUUUUAGGGGUUUAGAUAUAUUAACAGACUCUCUAGGCACCGAGUUAAAGGUACCCCAUCGCGUUUUUGUUUACAAAGGGUUUUCCAAGAGAGCCAUAAGCUUUUUUUUUUUUUUUUUUUUUUUUUUUUUUUUUUUUGGUGGGAGGGUGUGGGGUGGAUUAUGACGGGGUAUAAUAUUCUCAAGUGUCUUAUAAGAGCCGUGAUAAGAUGAAAUAUCUUAAUCUCUUGAUAUUAUUAUCAUUAUUUGCAUUUUCAUUUGGAGAGAGACUGCAUGUAAACUGUGCGAUACAUGAUGAAACAUAAGAACGAUUCACCUAUAGUUUCAUAUACCCUUUACAAUAAAAGAAAAGAAAUACAUGGA